AUGGCGCUCCCCGGCGCGGAAUACUGCGCCGCGAUGCUCGCCGUGUGGCGGCUCGGAUGGAUAGCGGUUCCGUUGUCUCCCUCGCAUCCCAUCGGGGAGCUCACGCACGCGAUACGCGAGGCGCGGGUGGAGAUCGUCUUCGUCACCGACAACCUGCUCGACAAAGUCGCGGACCUGGGUGACUUGUGCCCCGUUCGAGCCUUGAGAUACAUCGACGACGUCCCUCGCGAUCGCGACGUCGCAUCGCGCGACGACUUGACGAACAGUCCCGAACCAACACCAAACGACGGCGCCCUCGUCAUCUUCACCAGCGGCACGACCGGCGCGCCGAAAGCCGCGCUGCACACGCACGCGUCGCUCGCCGCACAGAUCAAAUCUCUCACAAAGGCGUGGGGCUGGAACGGCGCGGAUAAGAUCCUUCACGCGCUGCCGCUGAACCACGUGCACGGCAUCGUGAACGCGUGGAUGUGCGCGCACGCCGUCGGCGCCGAGGUGACGUUCUGCGCCAAGUUCUCCGCGACGCAGUGGUGGCGGGUCGUCGUUGAUGACUAUGAACAAACAAAUAGACAAACUCCGACGACGAUUUUCAUGGGCGUGCCCACCAUGUACGUGCGUCUGAUCCAGGCGUACGACGCCGUGGAGAGCGAGGAACGCCGGCGGGAGAUGUCCGCCGCCGCGUCCAAGUUGAGGCUGUGCGUCAGCGGGUCCGCGGCGAUGCCAACGCCCGUCGCCAAGCGGUGGUCUGAGUUAACAAAUGGUAAAGAGUUGUUGGAGCGGUACGGCGCUACGGAGAUUGGCAUGGCGCUGUCGCAACCCCUGCGCGGGCGACGCGUACCCGGGCGCGUCGGCCAUCCCUUACCGGGCGUGCGGGUGAAGCUCGUGGAUGGGGAGCUUCGAGUCAAGGGCCCGGGGGUGUUCGGUGGGUACGUCGGCAGGCCGGAGGCGACGGCGGCGUGCUUCGACGAGGACGGAUACUUUCUCACGGGUGACUCUGUGGAGUACGACGAAAACCUCGGGUACGGGAUCAUGGGUCGGACCUCCGUGGACAUCAUCAAGCACGGCGGGUACAAGCUGAGCGCGCUGGAGAUCGAGUCCGCGGUGUUGGAGCACCCCGGCGUGGGUGAGUGCGCGGUUUGCGGCGUUCCGGACGACGUCUACGGCGAGAUCGUGGGGUGCGUGCUGGCGCCCGGGCCCGGCGGCUCGGACUGUGGCCUGGUUUCUUCGCCGCCGCCCACCGCGGAGGCACUGCGCGCGUUCCUGAGAGACAGGUUGGCGAGUUACAAGGCCCCGGGCGUGGUCGUGGUCGUGGACGCCGUGCCGCGCAACGCGAUGGGGAAGGUGAACAAGCGGUCGCUGGUCGGGCUCUUCGGCUCGAAGUGAUGA